AGAGACAGAAGCGAAGAGGAUCGGAUAAAAGUGUAAAUAAAACUGAUUUCAAAACAAAGCAGGGAUCACGCUGACAUAAAGGGAAUCAAGAUGAUAAAGUCAUCAGAAGAGAGCGGCAUGGAUGAAGCUGACUCGGAUGACUCUCUGCCAUUUCUCGGAACAUAUGAAGAAAACUCUGCAAAACCAAGCAAGGAAACCAGGAUGGACUACGAAUACCUCGUCAGCGCAGAAUUAUCAGACCAACACAAAAAGAACCAGUUGGAAAAGCUACACAAGGAAAUCAAUCUGUUUAAUUAUGAAGAUGAUGAUGUUCCAGUCGCCCAGAUACAAGUUCCAGAUGUUGAACAAAGACAGGUUAAGUUACAUCCACCAGGAAUAGUUUUCUUUUCAACUGGUCGCUGUCACCUUUAUACAGAAGAAACAUUGGUGUGGCCGUUUACAGAUUCCCCCACAAAUCCUUUAGGAUGUCUCUCUCCUGAUAAGGUGAAGAUGUAUAUCAAAGAGGGACUUUUUCAGAGGGUAUAUUCAUCAAAAGGAACAACCAAACUUCUGAUGAAAUACUUGUUCCACCUCUGCUGUUGCACUACAGAUGUGGAGCUGCUCUACCCAACUUACAACACUCUCUGUUACAUAGCAGAGAACAACGAAUGCCAUAUGAACAUUUGCCAGGAACUUUAUUUGGCAUUAGAUAAUCUAGGUGCAGACAUGGAAAAGUAUGGCAAGGACCCUGCUCAUAUGAAAUCGUCAGUGUUGCCAUCCUCUCCCACAGUGAACCCUCCCGAACAGCCUGUCUCAACAAAAAAAAAUUUAGCUCUGAUGCUACAGUUCCUGGGAGUGUUGUUAACCCACUGGAGGAAGUGCAGCGAGGAUGACUUAGACGAGCUGAUCAAAAUAUUUGUGGCUGUUGGUCUAGAUCCGACAGUUAUCAACACUGGGUUAGACUUGCAGAUUGCUACUUGUAUUAGUCGCACUCUCAGCCUGUACCCAUCGCAGCAUGUGUUUUUUCAGAGAGUUCAAGGCCUGGUAGAAGAUAUAAUCACCUACUGCAAUUUUAAUCAUCACACAGUAUCUCAUGUUUGUACCAUGUAUAUUCAGCCAACGUCCCUUGGACAAAUAUUUUGCAAAUCCAUUGCUUUCCUGCAAGUGGAGCUCUCACUCCAAGCAAAGGACAAGAACAUUUUAGAUCUAGUCGAAAUAGAUGAUGUGGUGAACCUCAUCGAAAGCCAGCUGGAAGUUAUGAGUGCGGAGGAGGAUGGAUACCUACUGCACUCUGUCAUGAAGCUCUUGGUCUGCUGCGUAGGAGAUGGGCCCUUCACCCCCACUCAGAAGAAAUCACUGAGACAUAUGUGUGACCUCCUUAACCCAGUGGUCAUAAGUAAAAGGGUCAAGGUGGAGGACAUGUACUCGAGCCACUUUCGUUUCUACGCAAGAAAGGUGAUUGAUAAGUGGAAAUGCCAGGCUAGUGCAACAGGACGGCAGCAAACACUACAAGAGAUGCAAGCGAGUUCAGGAAGCAGAGAGGAGAAUGUAGAGGACGACCCCAGGCCAGCUCUGUCCCAGUAGCAGAGGCCGCACCAGGAGGAACGUUGUCACUCGAGUGCCACAGUGACAGAGAUUUCCUUUCCUUCUCGCUUGCAAAACGGUUCUUGGGGGAAGAUAGCAAGGUUGUGAUAUGGAAAUGAUUGAAGAUCAAUACGACCUUGACCCCGUACAGGUUUCAUAUAGAGAUGUGUCUUCUUUUUCUUUUUUCUUUUUUUUUUUUUUCUUUUUUUUUUUUCUUUUUUCUUUUUUUCUUUUUUUCUUUUUUCUUUUUUCUUUUUUUC